GUGAUCUCUUUCUCAACCGCCCACAAUGGCUGCCCUUCGCACGACCUCGCGCCUGUUCGCUUCCUCGAAGCCGCUGUUCCGCCCAGCCGCCUUCACUCGCUCCUAUGCGACCGUUGACGCCCUUUCCCAGGUGAGCGCAAGCGGCCACGCGAGCAGCAAGACCAUUCCCGAAUCUAAGACUUCGAAUGUGCAGGACCCCAACCCCUCGGAGCAGCCCCGGGUCAAGACUUUCCAUGUCUACCGCUGGAACCCCGAUCAGCCCACCGAGAAGCCCAAGAUGCAGUCUUACUCCCUGGAUCUGAACAAGACCGGUCCCAUGAUGCUGGACGCCCUGAUCCGCAUCAAGAACGAGAUGGACCCCACCCUGACUUUCCGGAGAAGUUGCAGAGAGGGUAUCUGUGGAAGUUGCGCGAUGAACAUUGACGGUGUCAACACCCUGGCUUGCCUGUGCCGUAUCCCCACCGAUACCGCCAAGGAGUCUCGCAUCUACCCUCUGCCUCACACCUACGUCGUCAAGGACUUGGUCCCCGAUUUGACCUACUUCUACAAGCAGUACAAGUCGAUCAAGCCUUACCUGCAGCGCGACACCCCGACCGCGGAUGGUCUUGAGAACCGUCAGAGCCCCGAGGAACGUAAGAAGCUGGACGGUCUGUACGAGUGCAUUCUGUGCGCUUGCUGCUCUACCUCCUGCCCCUCGUACUGGUGGAACAGCGAGGAGUACCUUGGACCCGCCAUCCUCCUCCAGUCCUACCGUUGGUUGGCCGAUUCCCGUGACGAGAAGACCGCCGAGCGUAAGGCCGCUCUCGACAACAGCAUGAGCGUGUACCGUUGCCACACCAUUCUCAACUGCUCGCGGACUUGCCCCAAGGGCCUGAACCCCGCACGGGCCAUUGCGGAGAUUAAGAAGAUGAUGACUGCUCAUUAGAGAAGUGACACGAGAUCUAAAAAGAAUUGCUUUCUCUUUGUGCAUUACGUCUUGUGUGGCUGGGUAUUUUUCCUUCUUUCCUAUCCCAUUUCUUUUUGGUUAAUUCGUGUCUGAGCUUUAUUCCCUCCAUCCCCGAGGUCUUUCAUGUCGGAUGUGUUUCAAUAGGUGUAAAUUGUGAAUGUGAUUUAUAGCCAUGGCGGUCAGCCAGUGAUCAAUUGAGUAUAUACUUGUGAUGAUCUAGUAGGAAUGUGUAGGGUACUGGUGAUAAUUAUCAGGCUGUGUCAACUCGCC